GUAUCAUGUGACUGGUCAUAUUCGGUGAAGGGGCGGGUCUCUCGUUAGCAGGAAGCAACGGCAGUAGGUGGAUAAGCAGUAGUCGCUUGGAGUGUGGGAAGCAGGUGAUGAGCCGGGCGACAGGAUUUGAUUACGCCAGCAGCAGGUUUUAGGAGCGGCACGAAUUGGAACCCGCAGUGUGGCGCGGUGCCCAAGGAAACAUGGAGUGAGGGGAAUAUUCUUAUGUGCUGAAGUGCUAUCAUGGGGGCCAAGGAGUCUCGGAUCGGCUUUCUGACGUAUGAUGAAGCAGUGAAACGAGUGACUGAUGUUGAACUGAAAAGGCUAAAAGAUGCCUUCAAGAGAACUUGCGGAGGGCCUUCCUACUACAUGAAUCAGCAGUGUUUUAUAAGGGAAGUCCUUGGUGAUGGAGUCCCCCCAAAGGUUGCAGAGGUUAUCUACUGCUCAUUUGGUGGAACCUCCAAAGGAUUACAUUUUAACAACCUGAUAGUGGGACUUGUCCUUCUAACAAGAGGUCGAGAUGAAGAGAAGGCAAAAUACAUUUUUAGCCUCUUUUCAAAUGAAUCUGGCAGCUGUGUUGUACGAGAGGAAAUGGAGAGUAUGCUGUGCAUGGUGGAUGGAGAAGUUCCUUUGUCUCUUAAGAAAUGCUUUGCCGAGGGUGAAAAGGUGAACUAUGAUAAAUUCCGAAAUUGGCUGCUGCAGAAUAAGGAUGCAUUCACGUUUUCUCGAUGGUUGCUCUCUGGAGGAGUCUUUGUUACCCUCACAGAUGAUAGUGACACUCCCACUUUUUAUCAGACUUUAGCUGGAGUUACACACUUGGAAGAGUCUGACAUCAUUGAUCUGGAGAAAAGAUACUGGUUAUUGAAGGCACAGUCACGUACUGGACGGUUCGAUUUAGAAACAUUUGUCCCCUUGAUUUCACCUCCUAUUCAUCAGUCCUUGAGUGAAGGGUUGUUCAAUGCAUUCGAUGAAAACCGGGACAAUCACAUAGACUUCAAAGAAAUUUCAUGUGGGCUGUCUGCAUGUUGCCGGGGACCCCUGGCUGAGAGACAAAAAUUUUGUUUCAAGGUAUUCGACAUAGAUCGGGAUGGUGUUUUGUCUCGCACAGAGCUGGAAGAGAUGGUCCUUGCUCUUUUGGAGGUUUGGAAAGAUAACCGCAUUGAUGCCAUACCUGAAUUGCAUUUAGAUCUGUCUGACAUCACAGAUAAUAUACUGCAGUCCCAUGAUACAACAAAGAGUGGACAUCUGACACUGGAAGAUUACCAGAUAUGGAGUGUUAAAAGUGCCAUUGCCAAUGAGUUUUUAAAUCUUCUUUUUCAGGUGUGUCAUAUAGUCUUGGGGUUAAAACCAGCCACUCCUGAGGAGGAAGGACAUAUUAUUCGAGGCUGGCUGGAAAGAGAAAGUCGGUAUGGUCUACAGAUUGGUCACAACUGGUUUCUUAUCUCUAUGCAGUGGUGGCAGCAGUGGAAGGAAUAUGUCAGAUAUGAUUUUAAGCCAACUGUUUCUGGACCAGGCUCUACAUUAGGUGGGGGAAGGAAUUUAUUGGGUACAUCGUCACCAGAUCCAAAGGAAGAUGACAGGACUGGGUCUAACUUGCACAGUUUUCCAGAUGAGAAAUCUUCAGAUAACAUAUCAUCUGCUUCAGAAGCUUCAGAAUCCACUACCACCGGCUUCAUUUAUUCUAGCAAUACAACCUCAGACAUGUGCUUUGCACGUCAGCAUAACACUUCAGAUAAUAAUAACCAGUGUAUGCUCAGUGCCAAUGGGAAUGCAUUAUUGCAGCUUAAUCCACAGAAACCAGGAGCUAUUGACAACCAGCCUCUAGUUACACAAGAAACCGUUAAGGUUCCUUCUCUAACACUUGAAGGGGGACGAUUCAAACAGAGUCCAUCUCUAGUCAGAGCUAAAGACUAUGAGAUUGUUCCAGAGCCUGUGUGGAGAGCCCUGUAUCACUGGUAUGGGGCAAACCUUUCCUUGCCACGUCCAGUUAUCAAAAACAGCAAAACAGAUCUUCCAGAACUUGAGCUUUUCCCACGGUAUUUGCUUUUCUUGAGACAGCAGCCCGUAACCCGCCAACAACAGUCCAACAUCUGGGUGAAUAUGGGUAUGAUGAGCCUCAGAAUGUUUCCUCAGCAUUUACCCAGAGGUAAUGUUCCCUCGCCAAACGCUCCACUGAAACGUGUGCUGGCAUACACUGGCUGUUUCAGCCGCAUACAGACAAUAAAAGAAAUUCAUGAAUAUCUUUCUCAGAGGCUGCGUAUUAAGGAAGAAGAUAUGAGAUUGUGGUUGUAUAAUAGUGAGAAUUACCUCACUUUACUUGAUGACGAAGACCACACAUUAGAGGGCUUGAAAAUACAGGAUGAGCAGCACUUGGUAAUAGAAGUCAGGAACAAAGACAUGAGCUGGCCUGAAGAGAUGUCAUUUAUUGCAAACAGCAGUAAAAUUGAUCGACAUAAAGUUCCUACAGAAAAAGGUGCCACGGGUCUGAGCAACUUAGGGAACACAUGUUUCAUGAAUUCAAGUAUCCAGUGUGUCAGUAACACACAGCCACUAACAAAAUAUUUUAUCUCAGGAAGGCAUUUGUAUGAGCUGAACAGAACAAAUCCUAUUGGAAUGAAAGGACACAUGGCAAAAUGCUAUGGAGAUUUGGUUCAAGAGUUGUGGAGUGGGACCCAGAAAAAUGUGGCGCCUCUUAAAUUACGAUGGACAAUAGCAAAAUAUGCACCAAGAUUUAAUGGCUUUCAACAGCAGGAUUCCCAGGAGCUGCUAGCUUUUCUUUUAGAUGGUCUUCAUGAAGAUCUCAACCGAGUCCAUGACAAACCAUAUGUUGAACUCAAAGACAGUGAUGGUCGCCCAGACUGGGAAGUUGCUGCAGAGGCAUGGGAUAAUCAUCUAAGAAGAAACAAGUCAAUUGUUGUGGAUUUGUUUCAUGGACAGUUGCGAUCCCAAGUGAAAUGUAAAACAUGUGGACACAUAAGUGUUAGAUUUGAUCCUUUCAACUUUCUUUCUCUUCCUCUUCCCAUGGACAGCUAUAUGCACUUGGAAAUAACAGUUAUUAAACUUGAUGGUACAACCCCUGUACGAUACGGGCUCAGGCUGAACAUGGAUGAGAAAUACACAGGCUUGAAAAAACAACUUAGUGACCUGUGUGGAUUAAAACCUGAACAGAUUCUUCUUGCAGAGGUUCAUGGAUCUAAUAUAAAGAAUUUCCCCCAGGAUAACCAAAAAGUUCGCCUUUCAGUAAGUGGUUUUCUAUGUGCUUUUGAGAUACCUAUUCCAGGAUCUCCAACAUCUGCCACAAGCCCCACGCAAACAGAACCCAACACCGUGCCAUCAUCAAAUGGGCCUCACAGUCUGUCAAAUGGAGGACUGAAUCGACCAACACUUAUCCCCAAUGGGCUGCCAAAUACAGUAGUGCCAUGUGGAACAGAAAAACAUGUGGGGAAUGGAGUUCUUAAUGGUCAUGUCUCCAUGCAUUCAGAAGGUCCUUUCAUAGGGUAUAUUAUUGCAAUACACCGAAAGAUGAUGAGGACUGAGUUGUACUUUUUAUCAUUUCAAAAAAAUCGCCCCAGCCUUUUUGGAAUGCCUUUAAUUGUUCCUUGCACUGUGCACACAAGAAAAAAAGACUUGUACGAUGCUGUUUGGAUUCAGGUUUCCAGGCUUGCAAGUCCACUUCCGCCACAGGAAGCAAGUAACCAUGCACAAGACUGUGAUGAUAGCAUGGGCUAUCAGUAUCCUUUCACUCUGCGAGUGGUUCAGAAAGAUGGUAAUUCCUGUGCUUCUUGCCCUUGGUACAGGUUCUGCAGGGGAUGUAAAAUUGAUUGUUCUGAGGACCGUGCUUAUAUUGGCAAUGCAUACAUUGCUGUGGAUUGGGACCCAACUGCCCUUCAUCUUCGUUACCAAACAUCACAAGAACGGAUUGUUGAAGAGCAUGAGAGUGUUGAACAGAGUCGUCGAGCACAAGCUGAGCCUAUAAACCUUGAUAGCUGUCUCCGAGCUUUCACUAGUGAGGAGGAACUUGGAGAAGAUGAAAUGUAUUAUUGCUCCAAGUGUAAAACCCACUGUUUAGCCACCAAAAAACUUGACCUUUGGAGACUUCCACCAAUCUUGAUAAUCCACUUGAAAAGAUUCCAGUUUGUAAAUGGUCGCUGGAUAAAGUCUCAGAAGAUAGUAAAAUUUCCUCGAGAGAGCUUUGAUCCGAGUGCCUUUUUGGUUCCUAAAGGACCAACGCCGAACCAGAAAAAGCAAAUGGUGCUUCAAACUGAGGAUCAGCCAGAGACACGUUUGCCCCAGGUGGAAGGGAAGAAGGAGCCUGCAAACCCUAUCCUUUCUGGAGAUUCAGAUGCACCUUGCCGAAAUCAGCCUGUCCUCAACUCUUCAAUGGGGAACAAUCUAAAAGUUGCAGCAUCACCAUCUCAAGGAAGGAAAGUGAAUAUAAACUGCACAAGCAAAAAUAAUAGCCCAAACCAUAGCCCCAGAAACUUAGGAAGGGGUAAAGGUCGUCUUCGUUUGCCUCAGAUUGGAGUAAAAAAACUUUCAAGUAGUAAAGAAAAUCUGGAUCAAAACAAAGAAAAUGGCACUGAUAAUGAAACAAGAGAAAGUUCAGAUAUAGUAGACUCCAAUAAGGUGCUUUGCAGAAGUCAAGGGGAAACCUCGACUGUUCAGGAUGCAGAGGUGGUCUUAACCAAUGGGCUGAAUUAUGAUCAAAACACGUGCAGCAAUGGGCAGCUGGAAAACCACACAGGGGAAGAAGAGGGCAGCACUGAUGACCAAAGAGAUGACAUCAGCUGUCAACCUAUUUACAACCUUUAUGCAAUUUCGUGCCAUUCAGGAAUAUUGGGUGGAGGUCAUUAUGUCACUUAUGCCAAAAAUCCAAAUGCGAAAUGGUACUGCUACAAUGACAGCAGCUGCAAGGAAUUGCACCCUGAUGAAAUUGACACAGACUCUGCAUACAUCCUUUUCUAUGAACAGCAAGGGGUGGACUAUGCACAAUUUCUGCCAAAGAUCGAUGGGAAAAAGAUGGCAGACACUAGCAGCAUGGAUGAAGAUUUUGAAUCCGACUACAAAAAAUAUUGCGUGCUGCAAUAAAUUGACUGCUCUUCCAAUACCGCAGUAGGGUAUCAAGAGGAAAAACUACUGGAACUGAAGAGAACAUGGUUUAUUGGUCAUUAAUUGACCAACAAUAGCACUGCAUGUUGACCGUGUUGAAAAUACAAACCUGUUUGAUGGAAUGCUAAAUUCUUUUAAAUGUUCCUCUGUUUUUUUUUCCGUUAUCUUGGGAUUUGCUUUCUGCCAAAUGACUGUUUUUAAUUUAUAUUAAUACUACAGUUUCAUCUGUCAUUGCUGCCUCUUUCCAGCAGUCUAUCAUAUUGGCACAUUAUUACAUAUACUGCUUUUUUUUACAUUUUUUAUCACUGUGCCAAGACUAGACCUUAAUACCAACUCGUUGUUGGUAGUAUAAUCUGAAUGGCUUCUGAUACUUUGCCUUCAGAAAUCCUGCAUGUUGUUCAUUGGGUUUAUGCACUUUAAAAAUGGCAUACACGGUAUUGAAUGCAAUAAGUGCAUAAUAUCAAUAAACUGCUAAAGAGGUACCUAGGAAAUAAUUCCAUUUGUUUCAACGAACCUGAUUAGCAUACAAAACAGAGGGACAAUUAAAACAAUUUACAAAAAGAUUAGUUUUCUAUGCUAGUUCUGUUAUUUUGUUUAAUUUAUUUUAAUGCCUAAGCACAAACUGAAAAAAUAGUGAGGGUGGAAGGGUUUUAUUGUGAAUGUUAUUGGAGCAUCUGUUCUUCUAUGGGCUUUUUAGCCUUUACAAAAGUGAUGCUCGAGUGCUAAAAAUUGCCAUAACACCUUCACUGCCCCUUUGAACUGUGCCAUGCCAUUGCUGUAUGGUAUAGAUUCAGUGAUUGUGUUAAAUACUCUAUUAAAUGUUAAUCCACAGCAAAAAUAUUGCGUCUUAAUAUUAUACCACCAGGGAAGAAUAUGUAGUAAUGUAUUUAUUCGAUUGCUCUCCGUUGAUCUUGCAUCUCAUUUCCUCUGACAUUUAAAAAAAAAAGAUUUUAUUUAUUUUACCAAAUGGAAAUUUAUAAAUAUGUUAAGUAAGAGCACUCAAAGAGCCGGUUAAGAGGGAAAACUGAAAAUUCCCCCAUCAAUUCGGAAAAGAACUAGAGCACAAUGAAGUUGAAGCCAGUUGAAAAUCCCACAUCAAAUUUGUAACUGAAAUAGUUAAUAGUUUGUGGCUAGUUGCCAUAAUAUGAUGUUUAUUGCCCGGUAUGUUGGCAGUGUCCACUUACAGAAAUGCGGUUCCAUGGUGUUUGCUACUUCAUGUAAUUGAUGUAAUGUAGACCUCCACUUGGAAACUCCAUGCAUGGCAUGCUGCUAGGUCUUGGCAUCCUUUGUCAUGACCUUCAUAGGUGUUUUAUAAUCCAGGUGACUCAGUGUUGAUUCUUAAUGCCAGGCCGUGAUUGGACCACUUCUCCUGCAGCCUAGGAAGGUUACUGACAUGGGUGCUAGGACCAAAUCCCAACACAAAGGAGGUUGAUGCGGUACUGUGUGUUCUGCACUGAAGUGAGGAUUAAGACACCAUACAAACUUCUUCAAAAUGGCCAGUUGUUUUUUUUUCCUCAGGAAGGCUAUAUGAUCAAAGCAGGUUAGAAUUAUUUUAGCAAUUUCUAAAAGUAUGAUUGUAUUCAUUUCUAGGCUUCACUGGUAUAUGGUAGGCCAACAUGAGGGACAUUUAGUCUAAAUCAUCCAUUGCUAUAGAAACACUCUUAUUGUGUUUAUGCAGCCACUCUGUAAAUACAGGUAUGGGAUCUAUUAUCUGGAAUGUCUGAGGUUUUACAAUUUUUUCUAGUUUUUUCCUAUAAUUUGGAGCACCGUGCUACUAAACAUAUGGAAAUAAUCUGGAAAAUCCCAGGAUUGAAUUAACAAGGUACUGCCUAAUUAUUACAGAUUAAAAGCAAAUGUGUAAAGCAUGAAGAAUGGCUUGUUUAAAUGGCAAUGUUGAAUUGUCACACUUUCUUGAUAAUAAAUCCCGUAGCUGUACUAACCUGACCCACAUAUCUAAAUUGAAACUACCUGAAAGGAGUAAGUGACUGUUGGGAGACUAGUACUCCUUUAUUUACAGCCUGUGAUACUAAAGCUGGCCAUAGAUGCAAAGAGAAAGUCAUAUGAAUCUUUGCUUCUUACUAUUUUCCGACCAUGUGUGGAUUGUUCCGACAUUUUUUCGUGCCAUGGUGAUAAGACUGGUUAAAAGAUUUCUGUCGGCUAAUGAUAUCUCUGCAUGCAUUGCCUAUCUGACAAUAUCAGCGGGUGACUGUCACUACUAUUUGUCGAAUAUAACUUUAGUACUAUUGCUGUCUGUGAAUUAAUGGCCAGAGCCAUUAAUUCUGAUUUGUUCUUUUCAUUACUUUAUUUAAUCUGAAUGGGGUAGUGGUAGGUCGGAAGAUUGCAAGGAACGAUCAUUCGUCAGACAUGAGGAUAUAUCUGCACAUCUAUGGCCAGCAUAACAUAUGUCUUUGUGUCAAAAAUCUGCCACAGUGUUUAACUAUAGAUAUCCGGCACUGCGCUUGCCUAGUUGAGUUCCUAGCUACUUGUACUGUCACAUGACUGCAGCCUUGGCUUCUGUCUGUGUUAUUCUAUGCACGAGAAGAGAAGCUGAUUCUCUUCACCAUGUCUACACAGGCCAACUCCAUGCGUGUCAGUUUAGAAACAUGGCCGAGGGGAGCCCAUAGUCUUCUCUUGGGUAGAGAAGCCAAGGCUGCACUGUGUGUGGCAUUAGCCUUACUGGUGCAUUUAUUUUGCUGUGCAUUGCUGACACCACCUUCCUAGUAGCCCUAUCUUUGCCACCUUUAUUUCUGUAUAGACUGAUUUGAAGGUCUCCUGCUUGGGUUUGUCCUUCUCUUAACGAAAUGUAAGGUCAGCAUGUUGUCAAAAAUGCUUUCCAGUGAAGGGCCCUCUUGAUGCCACCGAACAGUGUCAUUUUCUUCUUUUUUUUUUUUUAUUUAAUAAACCUUUGCUCACUUGUUUGCACUGAAAAUGUACCUUAUUAGAUUUAGCCAGAUCAGUUUAACUCAUGACAGCCAAAAAUAACUGUGCAUUCUUCUAUGUAUUGUAUUGCAAUACCUUUGUUUUUGGACUAGGCAAUAAGCACAAUAUUUGAAUUCUAGAAUUCUCUUUGAAUAUACUCGGCUUACUUCUCCACGCUGAGAUUUAAGCACAACAGCCAUACGUGAGGUUACUUCUAGUAAGGUAAGAGGCAUCUGUCUGCCUGCCGCCUUCCUCUGUAGCAUUCAGAACUGGUAACGCAAUCCUACAAAUGGGAAAUAUUUUGAGAAAGGGAGAAAUGAGUGACGUUUCAUUGUGAUUUUUUGAAAUGUUCCUGUGUUUGCACAGAGUUAUUAAAAACUUCCCUGUAAUUUUGGGAUCUGCAACCCGAGGCUCUCCGGUUGCUACUAACUACAGUUCCCAGCAGCCACCCAUGGAAAGCACCCACUGCAGAUUGUGGUCUUCCCAUAUUUUGCACUGGUACUGAACAAUCUUCUAUUAUACUACUAAUCUCCAUGAUGUAUUAUGUUCUGUUUACAAAUACCAUCCCUAAUAUUUCCAUACCCAAAUAAACCACAGUCCUGUGCCAGAGUACUCAUCUUGUAGUACUAAUGUAUAAGACAUCUUGUCCCUGAAUUAUAUGACUACUACUAAUGAUUUCAGUAACUAUGUCAAUCUUUAGAUAAAAGCAGUAUAUAUUUUACUUUAGACUAUAUAAGGCCAUACAUGGUUUGUUUUCCUUUUAAUGUAUCAACAACACACACAAUAUUUCGUUUUUAAAGGGGAUCAUUCACCUUUAUGUUAACUUUAAAUAUGUUAUUCAUAACUUUUCAACUGAUAUAUUUUUUUAUGUCAUUUUUUAAAUUAUUUGCCACCUCUUUAUAUAUAUCAAAUGGGGCUCACUGACCACAGCAAAGCUAUGGCUCAGGUAAGAUUUGAUUUAAUUGUUAUUAAAACAAUUAUGACUUAUCUUUUUCUAUUCAGGCCCUAUGCAUCUUGCAUUCUUUCUAGUCUGCCUAGUUGCUAGGGUAAAUAGGACUCUAGCAACCAGAUAGCUACUGGAAUUCAAAACUGGACAGCUGCUAAAAAACUGAAAACACAAAUUAAAAUGAAGACCAAUUUCACAUUGUCCCAGAAUAUCACUGUCUAUAUCAUACUAGAAGUUAAUUUAAAGGUGAACAAUCAUUUUUAGAAUUUUGUGAUUUUGAAGUUGUGAGAAGGAGAGCACAAUACAGCAAUGUACACCCAUCUAGCCUUUAACAACUGGCUCCCUAUCUAAACUAAUAUAUAUGUAUGAUGGUUUUAACUAAUAAAGACCUGCCCAGAGACCGUUGCCAUCUCAAUACUUCUUUUCCAGUGUUAUCAUUGAUCUUUACUAGAUGGUGUCAGGGAUUUUGACAAAACGAACUCGCUAGUCUCUUCAAUAUUAUUUUCCCUUUGAAUGUUCAAAAACUAAAACUUAAAACAAAAAAUAGGGACAGGAAUCUAGAUCCUUAUUACCGUGCUUCAAUUCCUUACGAACAAACUCUGUCGGAAGAAUGGCCAUUGUCAAGUGAAUCAUUUUAUUUAAGUUGGUAGCACCUUUAUAUUUUUUAAUUCUCUAUGUCUCUUUUAUUUGGUUGUAAUUAUUGUUUUUCUUAAAUUAUAUGACCUGAUGAAUUAGCAGGAUGUUUAUUAAAUUUACAGUUAACUGUUCACUUUGUAAAUUCUUGUAUAAAAUAUAUUGACAUUGCACUGACUUUAGAAAGAUUUUUAUGUACAUACAUGCUCUGUAAAUACAGUAGUGUUGAUGUUAUUGAAAUAUGAUAUGUAAAAAAAAAACAAAGUAUUGGUAAUUGUACAUGGAGUGACCCAGUUUAUCUGUAACUAUUAUUCCAAAUGAUUAAAAGCUUUGGAUGCAGAUGUUAA